CAUGAAGUAGUUCAGAUGUACCGCAGGCGGCCUAACCUCAAAUUUUAAAAAUGUUUACAAAUUAGCUCAAGUCACACAAAUUACCAUGUUACCAUUAACAAGAACCCUCAGAUCCCUAACAAAACAACGUACAGGCAUCAAUUAUUUGAAAACAUCGGCCCCACUGCAGGUAUUUUGGGAAAGGACCGACAAAGGCGGCUACAGAGAUGAUAGGCAAUACCCCCCUUUCAAAGACCGAAUGAGAGAGGGCUUGAAGGAGCUAAAAAAGGAAAUAGUUUUGUGGAAACAAGAAGUAAAGGACCACUUUGAGGGCGAUCCGGUUCUGAUAUUCAGGCCUGGGGAAGUGGAUGUUCAAUGGAAAUUCAAUAAACCGGAAUGUUUAGAUAAAUGGAUUGUGACCACUGACAGUGAUAAUAAUGAGGGUUAUAGCACUGCCAAUUUAGAUUUAACACAGUACGGAAAAGGGGCCUUUACUGGACAUUUAUCCAUGAGGGUGCCCAAGGAUGGGAGGGUCAAAAGGGCUGGCUAUUGCAAUAUGAGGACGAUUAGGGCAAGGAAAUCUUUUAAAAGGGAGAGUCAUUUUAAUUGGACCAGCUAUAACAUGUUGGUAAUGAGGGUCAGGGGAGAUGGACGUUCAUACCUAUUAAAUAUUAAUACAAGGGGCUACUUUGACAUUACCUGGAACGAUAUGUAUCAUUAUGUGUUGUUUACAAGGGGAGGACCGUACUGGCAGUAUACAAGGAUACCAUUUUCAAAGUUUUUCUUAGCCUCGAAAGGUAGAGUUCAAGAUAUGCAAACGUCCAUGCCUCUAGAUAAAAUCACAAGUUUUGGUAUAACAGCUGCCGAAAGAUUUGAAGGAGAUUUUGCGUUAGAAAUUGAUUACAUUGGUUUAGAAUAUGACCCUAAUCAUGUGGAAGAUUUUGCCUAUGAAAUGUAUGAAAUGCCCAAAUACAUUGUUGCCACUUAGUUAUCGUUUAAUAAAUUAAAUUGUUAAAAU